AUGAAACGUGGAGGUCCAGUACAUGUGGAAAUCUAUCACCUGAGGUUUGACUCGCUGAUGACAUUGGAAGUUGUUGAAAAGUUGAAUGCCGAGGGAGUGCCAGGCCAAGAGCUCCUAGGUCUUGAAUCGUGUAAGACGGUCAGGGACGUGAUCCAGCUCAUUGAAAUGAGUCCCCCAAAACCGCCAACGACGAUGUUGCUGCAUACUGCAAAUAUGCCACAUCUGUUGAAAUCCGGUCCCAAGACCACUCCUCCGCUUUGUCUAAUUCGCAACGGCAGUGGUACGAAGAGCAUGUAUGCUCGCAUACGGCAGCUCAGCCGUUGCGUAUACGGCAUCUCGGCCCGCUACCUCGGUGAUUUCCGCAGUGUUCCUGAACUGGCAAGUGCGUACGCCGGAAUGAUUGAUCAGAAACAGCCAAUCAUUCUAGGAGGUACCUAA